GAGUGGGGCGGCGAACAGCAGUGCGGGCGUCGUCCAGCGCAUGGGCGUGCACUGUGUCGAGUACAGCAGCGCCGACCUCGCCUCCUCCGCCAACGAGAGCGCGACAGCUGGCGCGCUGCAAGCCGCCUUUGAAACAGCGAGCCGGGUUCCAAAAGGGAGCUCUACUCCCCAGCAGUGCUGCUGCUGCGCCGCUUCUCCGCCCCUCCUCACGCCCUCAGACGCCCCCGACGCCUCCUCCUCCGCCUCGCUGUCUCUGCUCGCCCACACACUGCGCGGCUGCAUCCGCUCCUUCUCCCGCCCCCAUGGGUCUUCCAGUGCAGCCCCACCCCCCUCGCACACCUCAUCAGCCGCAACUGUAGCAGCAGAGGGAGGGGUAGGGGGGGCGGCGGUGGUGGUGGUGGCGUGUGUGGAGGAGGGGGAGGCGGAGGGCAUGGGCGUGGCGGUGCGGCGGUGCUUCACUCACGAGCUCGCUGUGGGGCCACCGGAUGAGGGGCACCCGCCACCGCCUGCUGCGCUUCUUCCUCCAGUGAAUCACGUCCUUGCUCUCCUCUCUCACCCGCCUCCAUGCAUCCUUCCCACCUCAUUGUGCCUCCCUUUCUUUAUUCCUUACUCUCUUCCCCACUGCCUUCCCCAUGUCCUCUCCCACCACCUUCCCCACGUCCUCUCCCACCACCUUCCCCAUGUCCUCUCCCACCACCUCCCCCAUGUCCUCUCCCACCACCUUCCCCACGUCCUCUCCCACACCUUCCCCAUGUCCUCUCCCACCACCUUCCCCACGUCCUCUCCCACCACCUUCCCCAUGUCCUCUCCCACCACCUUCCCCACGUCCUCUCCCACCACCUUCCCCAUGUCCUCUCCCACCACCUUCCCCACGUCCUCUCCCACCACCUUCCCCAUGUCCUCUCCCACCACCUCCCCCAUGUCCUCUCCCACCACCUUCCCACGUCCUCUCCCACCACCUUCCCCAUGUCCUCUCCCACCACCUUCCCCACGUCCUCUCCCACCACCUUCCCCACGUCCUCUCCCACCACCUUCCCCACGUCCUCUCCCACCACCUUCCCCAUGUCCUCUCCCACCACCUUCCCCACGUCCUCUCCCACCACCUUCCCCACGUCCUCUCCCACCACCUUCCCCACGUCCUCUCCCACCACCUUCCCCAUGUCCUCUCCCACCACCUUCCCCACGUCCCCUCAGUCUCCCACCACCUUCCCCAUGUCCUCUCCCACCACCUUCCCCACGUCCUCUCCCACCACCUUCCCCAUGUCCUCUCCCACCACCUUCCCCACGUCCUCUCCCACCACCUUCCCCAUGUCCUCUCCCACCACCUUCCCUCACGUCCUCUCUCCACCACCUUCCCCAUGUCCUCUCCCACCACCUUCCCCACGUCCCUCGUCCCACCACCUUCCCCAUGUCCUCUCCCACCACCUUCCCCACGUCUCUCCCACCACUUCCCAUGUCCUCUCCCACCACCUUCCCACGUCCUCUCCCACCACCCUUCCCCAUGUCCCUCUCCCACCACCUUCCCCACGUCCUCUCCCACCACCUUCCCCAUGUCCUCUUCCCACCACCUUCCCCACGUCCUCUCCCACCACCUUCCCCAUGUCCUCUCCCACCACCUUCCCCACGUCUCUCCCACCACCUUCCCCAUGUCCUCUCCCACCACCUUCCCCACUGGUCCUCUCCCACCACCUUCCCAGUCCUCUCCACCACCUUCCCCACUGUCCUCUCCCACCACAUUCCCCAUGUCCUCUCCCACCACCUUCCCCACGUCCUCUCCCACCACCUUCCCCAUGUCCUCUCCCACCACCUUCCCCAUGUCCUCUCCCACCACCUUCCCCACGUCCUCUCCCACCACCUUCCCCAUGUCUCUCCCACCACUUCCCCAUGUCCUCUCCCACCACCUUCCCCAUGUCCUCUCCCACCACCUUCCCCAUGUCCUCUCCCACCACCUUCCCCACGUCCUCUCCCACCACCUUCCCCAUGUCCUCUCCCACCACCUUCCCCAUGUCCUCUCCACCACCUUCCCCACGUCCUCUCCCACCACCUUCCCCACUGUCCUCUCCCACCACCUUCCCCAUGUCCUCUCCACCACCUUCCCCAUGUCCUCUCCCACCACCUUCCCCACGUCCUCUCCCACCACCUUCCCCAUGUCCUCUCCCACCACCUUCCCCAUGUCCUCUCCCCCACCUUCCCCACGUCCUCUCCCACCACCUUCCCCAUGUCCUCUCCCACCACCUUCCCCAUGUCCUCUCCCACCACCUUCCCCAUGUCCUCUCCCACCACCUUCCCCACGUCCUCUCCCACCACCUUCCCCAUGUCCUCUCCCACCACCUUCCCCACGUCCUCUCCCACCACCUUCCCCAUGUCCUCUCCCACCACCUUCCCACGUCCUCUCCCACCACCUUCCCCAUGUCCUCUCCCACCACCUUCCCCAUGUCCUCUCCCACCACCUUCCCCAUGUCCUCUCCCACCACCUUCCCCAUGUCCUCUCCCACCACCUCCCCCAUGUCCUCUCCCACCACCUUCCCCAUGUCCUCUCCCACCACCUUCCCACGUCCUCUCCCACCACCUUCCCCAUGUCCUCUCCCACCACCUUCCCCACGUCCUCUCCCACCACCUUCCCCAUGUCCUCUCCCACCACCUUCCCCAUGUCCUCUCCCACCACCUUCCCCAUGUCCUCUCCCACCACCUUCCCCAUGUCCUCUCCCACCACCUUCCCCAUGUCCUCUCCCACCACCUCCCCCAUGUCCUCUCCCACCACCUUCCCCAUGUCCUCCUCCCACCACCUUCCCCACGUCCUCUCCACCACCUUCCCCAUGUCCUCUCCCACCACCUUCCCCAUGUCCUCUCCCACCACCUUCCCCAUGUCCUCUCCCACCACCUUCCCCACGUCCUCUCCCACCACCACCACCGCUUGGCCCCAGAGCCCUCCUUCCAGGGCUACAGCCGGGGGCGAGGAGGAGGACGUGGCGGCGGCUGUAGCGCGGGAGACGGCAGGGCUGCUGCCGCGCGACCUUACUGCUUCCCCUACUCUUCUUCCCACUGCUCCUCUCCCCAGAGCCCUCCCCCCAGCGCUACAGCCGGGGGCGAGGAGGACGUGGCGGCGGCUGUAGCGCGGGAGACAGCAGGGCUGCUGCCGCGGGACCUCAGGGCGCUGGCCGCCGACGCUGCUGCCUCCGCCAUCCGCCGCUCCCUGCCCCCCGGGGGAGCAGAUAAGGGCGCUGCUGGGGUUGCGGAUGGCCGGGGGGUUUGGGCGGUGGGGAGGGCGGACGUAGAGGAGGCGAUGGGGGCGGUGAAGCGGCGGGGUGGCAACGGUGAUCGGCACUCCCAAGGUGCCCAACGUGCGCUACCCCUGCGGCACCGGCACCUGUUUGCAUCGGGGCUGCGGCAGCGCUCCGGUGUGCUGCUGUACGGCCCGCCGGGCACCGGCAAGACGCUGCUGGCGAAGGCGGUGGCGACGGAGUGCUCGUUGAACUUCCUGAGUGUGAAGGGCCCGGAGCUGAUCAACAUGUACGUGGGCGAGUCGGAGCGCAACGUGCGCGCCAUCUUCGCCAAGGGCGCGCGCCGCCCGCCCCUGCGUUGGUCCACGUCAGCAUCGGAUCUGUUUCUGGUGGGCGCCAGCAACCGCCCCGACCUCAUCGACCCCGCGCUGCUGCGCCCCGGCCGCUUCGACAAGCUGCUCUAUCCCCACAAGGUGCUGCAGGCGCUGACACGCCGCUUCCACCUGGGGGCGGGGGUGUCGCUGCAGAGCAUCGCCGACCGCUGCCCCGACACUUUCACCGGCGCCGACCUCUACGCCCUCGCUGCCGACGCGUGGCUCUGCGCUGCCAAGCGCACCGUGGGGCACGGCCACACACCAGGCCGCUCUGCUGCUGCACGCUCCAAGGGGCACGGCGUGGAAGGUGGAAAGGAGGGGGAAGGGGACGAUGCGGUGGUGGUGGAGCAAGCAGACUUCCUUAAGGUACUUGCCACUCCCUCCCCUUGCCUCUCCUCUCUUGGCAUUCUUGUCGCAUCCAGCGCAGUGCGCGCGCUGCUGGACGUGCGCGCGGCGCUGAAGGAGGCGAACCCGGCGGCGCUGGAGUCGUGGUCGGAGAGCACGGACCCGUGCGGGGGGUCGUGGGAGGGCUCCUUCCGCUGCGACGACAACGGCCACGUCACCUUCCUGUCGCUAGCGCAGAAGCAGCUGCACGGGCCCAUCCCCGGCGUGCAGCUCGCCGCGCUCACGGCGCUCAACUACAUCGACCUGGCGUCGAACUCGUUCACGGGCCCCAUUCCCGAGCAGCUGCUGCGACUCACCUCGCUGCAGAUCCUGUCGCUGUCGUUCAACCAGCUAUCAGGCACGCUGCCAGCGGGCUUCAGCCAGCUCCAGGCGCUCAAGCAGCUGCAAGUGGCAGGCAACCAGCUAUCGGGCGAGCUGCCAGCAUCACUCUCCUCGCUCUCCAACCUCACCCUCCUCAACCUGUGCAAGAACCAGUUCACAGGGCUCAUCCCAGGCGACUGGAGCAGGAUGACUCAGAUGGCCACCCUGCGCCUGUCGUCCAACCAGCUGUCAGGCGAGGUGCCCUCGUGGUUUGGCUCCUGGUCCAAGAUCGUUGUGCUGGAGCUGUUUGGCAACAAGCUGGGCGGCUACAUCCCGCAGGACCUCGCCCAGGCCACCACGCUCGCCUCUCUAGCGCUGGACGUGAAUGAGCUGCGUGGGUCGCUGCCAGACUCCUUCAGCCGCCUCACCAACCUCAGAGAGCUGUACGUGUCGAGCAACAAGCUGGACGGCAGCAUCCCGGCGUCCUACAGCACUCUCACUCAGCUGCGAUUCAUUGACGUGAGCUACAACGCUGGGCUGGGCGGCCCCAUCCCCGCCUUCUUUGGUGACUUUGACAACCUGGCGUCCAUUGCGAUGCAGUUCUGCUCCUUCUCAGGGCCGCUGCCCCCCUCGCUAGGCAACCUAGUCCACGUGCAGGAGGUGCUGCUAGACAACAACCAGCUCAGCGGGCCCAUCCCGGACGAGUGGGGCACGGGGCUGGAGCGAGUGGAGGUGCUGCACCUCAACGACAACCAGCUGUCAGGGACCAUACCGGGCACGUUCUGCCACCUGGAGUAUGCCAAGGACGUCAACCUCGCCCUCAACCGCCUCCAAGGGCCCAUCCCCAUCUGCCUCACCUCGCUGCGCCGCAUCUCCUCCCUAGUGCUCUCCUUCAAUCGACUCACCGGCCCCGUGCCGCCUGUGCCAGCUGGCGUGCAGGUCUUCUUCAAGGUGAACGGCAACUGUCUAGACGGAGUGGAGGACCAGCAGUCGCCCUGCCCUGCCCCCGAUGAGCUUCCCCCUCCUGCCCCCACCCCACCCGAGCAGCCACAGCAGGAGGAGGCAGCACCAUCAAGCUCAUCCACAUGGUCAUGGAUGAGGGGGUUCCUCAUAGCGCUGCUGUCAGCCACGUUUGUGCUGCUGCUCAUCUUCGCCUUGGUGCUCCUCGCCAACCGCUCCGACUCCCACAACGCCUCGCGCUCCGACAACUGUCAGUGCCCCUCCCCUGCCACUCUGCCCCUCCCCCUGCCACUCUCCUCCCGCUCCCUAUCUGCCCCUCCCGCUCCCACUCUGCCCCUCCCGCUCCCACUCUGCCCCUCCCGCUCCCACUCUGCCCCUCCCGCUCCCACUCUGCCCCUCCCGCUCCCACUCUGCCCCUCCCGCUCCCACUCUGCCCCUCCCGCUCCCUCUCUGCCCCUCCCGCUCCCUCUCUGCCCCUCGCGCUCCCACUCUGCCCCUCCCUCUCCCACACUGCCCCUGCCUCUCUCACACUGCCCCUCCCUCUCCCACACUGCCCCUGCCUCUCUCACACUGCCCCUCCCUCUCUCACACUGCCCAUCUGCUCGUGCUCCAUGCAUCUCCUCACCCCACGCUCUACGUGCUCUCCUUUCAACCCUUAUUCGUGUCCCUCCGCUUCUCCCUUCCGCGUCUCUCCCUUGCCUCUCUCACCUUCUCACUCCCCCUGGCCUCCCCAGCUCGCCCCCCUCCCUCUUCCUUGCGACCAGCAUUGCUGCGGGAGCUGAGCCAUUCCACACCAACCAACCAAGCCGGCUCAACUCUUCACGCCACUCACAAGCCAACCUCAAAGCCCCCUUCCCCCUCUCCCAUCCCCCGCUGACGGUGCAGGAGUGCAGCCUGGGCAAGGAGUACAGUCUGGGCAAGAUCAAGAAGGCGACGCGCAGCUUCACCACGGUGUACGGGAGGGGCAGCUUCGGCACCGUGUACCUGGCUGAGGACUUCCUGCGCGACCAGAUCGAGACGCGCGCCAUCAUCAAACGCGCCCACGACCCCGAGAAGCUGGGCGAGUACGUGUUCAAGGCGAAGGCGGACUUCCUGGAGAGGCUGGGCGAGUACGUGUUCAAGGCGAAGGCGGACUUCCUGGCGCGGGUGCGGCACCGCAGCCUGGUGGCGCUGCUGGGGUUCUGUGUGGGCAAGGGCGAGCGCAUCCUCGUCUACGAGUACCUCCCCAACGGCUCCCUCUACGACCGCCUCCACCGCCCGGACCUGGAGCCGAUCCCGUGGGACACGCGCGUGCGCAUCGCGGCGAACGUGGCGUCGGCGCUGAGCUACCUGCACCACUGCUGCCACCCGCCCCUCGUGCACCGCGCCGUCACCUCCUCCAACAUCCUCCUCACCUUCGACAUGUCCGGCAAGCUGUCUGACUUUGGGCUGGCACGAGGCGGCUCCCCCGCCAUGUUUGACGACGGCUCCAAACGCCGCCGCCCCUCCAAGCCGGCACGCACGCGCAGCGGAGGGGUGGCGGAGGGCGAGGGGGGCGAGGGCGGGGAGGGGGGGGAGGAGGGGCAGAGUGCGCUGCAGGGGGGCGAGUUGGAGAAGGUGGAUGUGUAUGGGUUCGGAGUGGUGCUGCUGGAGCUGAUCACGGGGCAGAAGGCCAUGAAGGAGGUCCACAUCACCAGCCUCGCGGCGCCAUUCUUGGAGGAUGCGCAGAUGAUGCCGCUGAUGGUGGAUGCGGCACUCGGGGGGUUCUUCGACCAGGCGGAGCUCAUCGCACUCGGCACCAUUGCUCGCGACUGCGUGAAGGAGGACCCGUCGGCGCGGCCCUCCAUGCGCGACGUGGUGCGCACCAUGCAGGCGCAGCUUGACCUCGAGGCCGACCUCUUCGCCGCGCCGGCCGGGGUCGCUGGCACGGAUGACUUGGACCGGGGGGACGGGGGCGAUGGGGUGGCCAACUCCAGUGGGUAUGCACCGGUGGGCGGCAAGAGUGCGCUGGCCUCCGCAUGGGUGUCGUUGGAGAAUGUUGCUUCCUCUGUCCGCACCGCCCUGACCAGCCCCCGUGUGGCGCCGCCACAUCCCGCCAGCGAGAGCACAGCCGAUCCCACGGAUGUGGAGAUGUCCUCCCUGUUGCUCAUUGCGCCUCGUGCUGCACGUCGGUAG